CCUCUGCAGUGAGGUGCAUUUGGUCGAUGAAGGCGACUCAUCAUUGUGAUGUAUAAUGGCUCCUGCUCUGAGUGCUAUGUUGGGGUCACGGGCCGUGGGGUCAGAGGUCGCGGGGGCGGCGUGGCUGGCUAAAGGGGAGCUGGCACUUGUAGGCACACUCACGGGACUCACGGCUUUCCUGCUGCUCUCUGUCCUCCUGCUGCUGUGUGCGAGCUGCCAGGGGCAGAAAAAAGGGGGGCCGCCAGGAGACCAUGAAAACCUGAUGAAUGGGGUGUCAGAAAAGGAAACAUGUAGUCAGUCAAUAGAAAGUCAUGGAACUGACUUGGCAGUCAGCAGCUCCCAUAAUGGGCCUCUUACAAGUGGUACAGUACUCACGGACACAAUGGACACAAGUCCCCAGCCUUCAGAAGACAUGCUGUCCAGCCAAUCAGAGCUCAGAUCCUCUAAGUAUCACCAGGAUCGUGAAUUACCCAGCAUUCCACCCACCGAUAACCUCAAAGCAGCUGUGGUCGAUGCUCAAGUUGCCUCAGGAGAGGACACAUACGAGGUGGUGAAGGACUGCGCCUCCCGUGAUGUCAGUGUCGAGGACUGUCUGUACGAGACGGUGAAAGAGCUCAAGGACAUUGGCCUACCCAACGGUACACUAAGCCCAGAGGAACCGCCUGCGCCUCUUCUCAACGGCCACCCAAGCCCUGCUACACCAGACCACACCAUGCUGCCCAAUGGCGUCGAGUACGCCUCCGUCAACCUCAGCAAGAAGAGCCGCUACAGCACUGACCUGGAGGCCAGGCGCUCUGCCACCAUUGUGGCGUACGCAGAUCCUGAGGAAGAAAAACCUCCUCCCAUACCAAAUAAAGUGCUGGAUGAGAAUGACAACCAGCAGAUUCCAAAUGGACAGUUACACUCCCCGGUGAUGACUCCAGAGCUUGAGGACAAUGUGUCUCCGGACAGUAAGUUAUCAGACAUGCACUCCAAGGUAGUGAAGAAUACUGUAAAGGAAACAGAGAAUGACUACAGCAGCAUCGGAGAGAUCAAGGGAAUGGUGCCGGAGUCGACUUCCAGUGAUCUUUAUGCCACAGUUGGGGAUGAUUACCCAAUAGCUCUUGGCUCCCAGCCUCCGGAGGUGCUCACAGAGAAUGCAGACCCUGCGUACGAUACCAUCAAGAUCUCCAAAGCGGCUGAAGAGGCUCAUCAGGGCAAUGGGAUCGGGGAACCUGACUAUGAGAGCGUGGGGGAACUGGGUCUGAACGGGGACAUCUCCCGUCUCUGACCACCCAUCUAGGGGACCGUGGACAAUGAGAACUCACUUCUCUGAGGUUUAGAAGUGGAAUUUGGGGUGGUAUCAUGAGAAUAAUGCACUUAACCUUUCCUGAUUGAAUGUUUUUCAGUGUAGCUUUUAUGCACCCCAUUUUUUUUUUUAACAUUAUUAAUGAAAGGGUUCAUUCAGACCUGUGACCCAGCAUAGGAAAUGAAACACUCUCGAGUCGCUCAGAAGAGGGUUUGUUAUGCUUUUCAUGUGAAUAAUUGGGUACCACAAACCCGAGAUGCCCCUAUAAAAGCUGUGUUCAUUGGCAUCAUGACAUGACAUAC